AUGGUGGCGACGCCCAGGUUUCAUGUGACGCAGGACGCCGCGUGGGUGUUUGUGCAUGUGCAUGUGCCGUUUGUGCGCGUAUCGGAUAUGGAGUUCUAUGUGGACAACGUAGACUUCACUUUCUUCUGUAAGCCGUACCUGCUCAAGUUGCACUUCCCACACGAGGUGGUGGACGACGAGCUGGCAAAGGCAGUGUACGACCCCAAUAAGGAGAAUGGAACGAUUGUGGUGCAUCUACCCAAGAAGGAGCCCGGCCAGGAAUUCCCAGACCUCGACAUUCCGACAAGCAACGGUGUGUCGGAAUAA